CUCCGCCGCACUCGUCCCCUCCACACCGGCUGGGUCCAGUAGAGUUUCUUGAUCCGUUUAUGGCCAGCCUCGUUCUCUCCCUGCGCAUCGCGCCGUCCACGCCGCCGCUGGGCGUGGGCGGGGGACGCCUCCGAGGACGGCGAGGCGCCGUCGCGUGCCGCGGCGCCGCCGCCACGUUCCACCAGCUCGACGCCGUCGCGGUGAGGGAGGAGGAGUCCGGGUUUAAGAAGGCGGCGGCGGAGGGUUGCAACGUCCUGCCGCUCAAGCGGUGCAUCUUCUCCGACCACCUCACGCCGGUGCUUGCGUACCGGUGCCUCGUCAAGGAGGACGACCGCGAGGCGCCCAGCUUCCUGUUCGAGUCCGUCGAGCAGGGAUCCGAGGGCACCAAUGUGGGGAGAUACAGCGUGAUUGGGGCGCAGCCUGCGAUGGAGAUUGUAGCCAAGGCCAACCAUGUGACAGUCAUGGAUCAUGAGAUGAAGUCUAGGAAGGAGCAGUUUGCUCCUGAUCCGAUGAAAAUUCCAAGGAGCAUUAUGGAACAGUGGAACCCACAGAUUGUUGAAGGCCUCCCUGAUGCGUUUUGUGGAGGAUGGGUUGGAUUCUUCUCCUACGACACAGUGCGUUAUGUUGAAACAAAGAAGCUUCCAUUUUCUAAUGCGCCAGAGGAUGAUAGGAACCUUCCUGACAUCCAUUUAGGCCUCUACAAUGACAUAGUUGUUUUUGAUCAUGUUGAAAAGAAAACACAUGUUAUACACUGGGUGCGGGUAGAUUGCCAUCAGUCAGUUGACAAAGCAUAUGAGGAUGGGAAAAAUCAGCUGGAAGCUUUGUUAUCAAGAUUACAUAGUGUUAAUGUACCAACUCUUACUGCUGGUUCUGUAAAACUUAAUGUUGGGCAAUUCGGUUCAGCACUACAGAAAUCAUCAAUGUCAAGUGAGGACUAUAAGAAAGCUGUCAUUCAAGCAAAAGAGCACAUUCUAGCUGGUGACAUUUUUCAAGUAGUCCUAAGCCAGCGUUUUGAGAGGCGGACAUUUGCUGACCCCUUUGAGGUGUACCGUGCAUUGCGUAUUGUGAAUCCUAGUCCUUAUAUGGCCUAUCUACAGGCUCGUGGGUGUAUUCUGGUAGCAUCAAGUCCUGAAAUUCUUACCCGGGUGGAAAAGAGGACAAUUGUCAACAGGCCACUUGCUGGAACAAUUAGGAGAGGAAAAACAAAAGCAGAAGACAAGGUUUUAGAACAACUGCUGUUGAGUGAUGAAAAGCAAUGCGCGGAGCAUAUUAUGUUAGUAGAUCUGGGACGGAAUGAUGUUGGAAAGGUGUCCAAACCAGGCUCAGUAAAGGUGGAGAAACUGAUGAAUGUUGAACGAUAUUCACAUGUCAUGCACAUUAGUUCAACAGUUACCGGGGAGCUGCGUGAUGAGCUGACUUGUUGGGAUGCUCUCCGAGCAGCAUUGCCCGUUGGAACAGUUAGUGGUGCACCAAAGGUGAGAGCAAUGGAGCUGAUUGACCAGAUGGAAGGGAAGAUGCGUGGGCCGUACAGUGGUGGAUUUGGAGGGAUUUCUUUCCGCGGGGACAUGGACAUUGCGCUUGCUCUCCGUACUAUCGUCUUCCCCACAGGAUCUCGGUUCGACACCAUGUACUCCUACACCGACAAAAACGCUCGUCAGGAGUGGGUGGCUCACCUUCAGGCUGGGGCUGGGAUCGUCGCUGACAGCAAGCCUGACGACGAGCAUCAGGAGUGCUUAAACAAGGCUGCAGGCCUUGCUCGUGCCAUCGAUCUUGCCGAAUCUACAUUUGUAGAUGAGUAGAUCAUCCAGUGUAGUGUAGGGCAGCUUUUGUUUUCUCUUCUGUUGCUGCCUAUAGCAGAAACCAUUCCGGUCUGCUGUAGGAUGUUGCUUAUUUGGAUUCGAAACUUUCGUAAUAAAUUCAAUAAAUGUACAGCCGAUCGAAAUGUCUGA